AACAGAAUGUUUGUGUCACUGAGUAAGUUUCUGCAGACUGUAAGGCAGAUUCUUUAGGGAGCAGCACUUUUUCUGUCAGAUCCGCUUCCUCUCUCGUUACACUUCAUUUCUUUUUGGGUUUAUUCAUUUCUUUCACCAUGGUUCUCAUUCCACGGUGCUUGGUGAUCAGAAGAUUUUCCCCUCUGGGAUUUUGUGCCUACAGGACACAGUACUAUCAGCACAGCUACACUGUUAACCCAGAUAUCCCUGGCAUUAGAGAGCAAACCUUCAUUGCAGUCAAACCUGAUGGUGUACAAAGACGUCUGAUUGGUCAGAUUGUUCAGCGAUUUGAGCAGCGUGGCUUCCGUUUGGUUGGUUUAAAAAUGGUCCAGGUCUCUGAGGAGUUGUUGUCGCAGCAUUAUGCAUGUCUACACAGGAAGCCAUUCUACCCUAGCUUGCUCCGGUACAUGACCUCUGGCCCCAUUAUUGCCAUGGUGUGGGAGGGGCAUAAUGUGGUGAGGUCAUCUCGUAUGCUCGUUGGAGAGACAAACCCUGCUGAGGCUGCACCUGGAACUCUAAGAGGAGAUUUUAGCGUUCACAUCAGCAGGAAUGUUGUCCAUGCCUCAGACUCUGUGGAAGUUGCCAAGAAGGAAAUCGCUUUGUGGUUUCAGCGCUCAGAGUUGAUUGAGUGGGAGACUUGUGAUCACGGCAGCAUCUACCAUCCUUGAGAGGGACAGCGAGUGAAGCAAAAGGAACAUCACACAGACAUUCUACAAUCCAUGUCUUUAAACCGUCCUCUUGGGACACCACCACUUUGCCCUCCAGCCUGUUUCUUUGAAUCCACAGACAUUGUCCCUGAGCUGAUCUUAUUGUUUUUUGCUCUCUGUUCAGCCUGUACUCUGUGUCUCUCACAGUGUCCUGUAGAUGUCUGUACUUAGUACAAAUACAAACUGCAGCUCUGAUUUCAAAAGUUUUGACAGAUCACAUCACAACAGGCACAGACGUUUUAAUCAGACUUACUGUGUUAUGUAAGAAAACUCAGGACUUGGUUUUACCCACAUAGAAGAAGCUACAGAUAUGUCUUUAUAUUUUAACAAAAUUUUAAUCAUACUGUUUUACUGAAAGACCAUCUGACUUCCAGCUGUGUGGGAUGCCUUUCAGUUUUAUAGAUUUUUUUCUGUACUGUAAAUUAUUCAGUUCAUAAAAAAUGCUUUCUUCAUUGUGACUAAGAUGAAUUGCUGAUAUCAUCAAUUUGUAAUAUCAGGGCAUGAAUAUAAAUAAUUAACAUUUUUAUUAAAUUCUUGUCAUUUGUUCUACAAGUGCAUACAUGUUCAUACCAUCAUUUUGCUUAAAAAAAAGGCUGAGGCAGAAAGAUCAUAUAGAACUUGCAUAUCAGACAAAAACCCUUUUGGUUUGAGAUCAUAUUUAGAGCACAGGUGUUGAAUAGAGAUGCACCGAUCCGACUUUUUCAGUCCCAAUACUGAUACUGAUACCUGGGCUUUUGGUAUUGGGCGAUAACAAGUACCGAUCCGAUACCAGUGUUUAAUUAAUAAGUUGUAUGCCUAACUGAGUGGAAGAGAAUGAAAUGUAAACAUUAAAUCACAAUGAAGUCACAAACUAGGCUAAGAAGGAAGCCCUCGUUUUCAACAACAGUCAGGGAUUGCUCAUCCAGAAUAAUUCGAGAACCUGUUUUGUUAUAUUUGUAGUUUUCAUUUUCUCGCGUCUUUGCAAUGCAACCGACAAAGUUAAAUGCUUCUCUGAAUCAUCCCCCUUUUUUGUUUGGUUGAACUCAUGUUCUUUUGCAUGAUACUUAUGGAGGUGUUUGAUUAAACUGGUUGUGUUAUAUUUUGCAAUGCUACCGCCACCCCAUGAAACCUUGGCUUUGCCAGCAGAGUUUGCCAGUGAUUACCAGUUUUAGCCUGGUAAAACUGAUAAAAAAGCGAUAAAUUAAAAACUUGCCAGUCAAAAUGUGAGGUAAUAAUGCUGAUAUAUAAUGUAGCUACAACAACGGCUAUCCCUAAACAGGACAUUUGUGUUUUGACAGUGCUGACCACUGACAGCACUGCAAGCUGCAAAGACACAUUGGACACGUUUGAUUUCGAGUCAGCAGCCGGGGACUUUCAGAUGUUACAGGUUAUAGAUGUUUCAUAAUAGCCUACAUUUUAGUGGCUAAUGUUGAGGUUUU